CCUAAAUAAUUGAGGAAGGUUAUAUUAUCUACAAAUUUUCAAUUUGAAUAUAUUUAUAGUUUUUAGUUUUACACUCAAGUCUGUUAUUCGAAUUAUUUUGAAUUAUGUUAAUUGAUUAGGAUGAAUUCAAUUCGAACGUGCUUUAAAUUCAAUAAUUUAUUACGCACAAGUUCUGCUUGCAAUAUAGGCAUUAGAUUUUCCUCAAAAAUUAGGGAAAUAGAUGUCCAGAAGCAGACGAUUCAAAAACUCGCCGAAGACAAAAAGUUCAAACAAUUUCGCGACGAAGACUCGUUGACGAUCCUCGAUGUUGAAGAGGAAAGGUGGAAAAUUCAAAACGAGCCCUUGAAAGUCGAAUCAACAGAUUAUCACGACGAAAUGAUCGAUGAAGACCAACCAGAGAAAUGUUACAUCAGAGGAAAAACAGGAGUUUUUGACAUAGAAGAUUUAAUUCAGCUUCUAAAUGAGAACAAGGCAACAAAUGUUUUCGUAGCCAGACUUCCAAAGGAAUUAAAUUACGUCGAUUAUAUAGUAAUUGUAUCUGCCAAAUCUAGAAGGCAUCUGAUGGGGGUCGGUGAAGUUGUUAGAAGGACAUUUAAGAAAAAACGAAAUUCAAGUGACAUAAUACCAAAAUUAGAAGGAGAGAAUUCAGACUGGGUAGCUUUAGACUUAGGUAACAUAAUUUUACACAUAAUGUCGAAUGCAUGCAGAGAGUUGUACGAUUUGGAAUCCUUGUGGGGACUUGGAUCAAAAUACGAUGAAAAAUGUAUUGAUACAGAUGAUGAGAUAUCUGAAUUACUCAAAUUACAUUCGAUGACUUUAGACGAUUUCGUUCCAAAGCUUUCGGAAGGAUGAUUUAUUGUUCAUCAUGUAUAAAAGUAAACUGUUGAAAAGUUUAAAAAAAUAUAUUUAAAGGUUUUUUUUAUUA